CUCAACUUGUUAAUCUGACAAUCAGUAACUAAAGCCUCAAUAUGAAAUCUCAAAUUGUUCUAAGCUGCCUGGUGGUCAUCAUCGGAAGCCUUGUGUGGACAGCCAGUGCCGAACAGGAGUUUGAAUCUGAUAGGGAACAUGUAAUUGAGGCCUACAAAAAUGCUAAUCCUGAAUCCGUUGGGGAUAGCAACAUCGUCUUUCUGGUGAAUUUUCUCGACAAGUACGCCGAUCAGAUUCAGUUGACUCCCGAACAAAAGUCCAAAGCUUCAGAUAUAGUAAAGCAAUACAAUGAGGAAAAGGAAAAGCAACCUUUGGUGGAUGGUGUGCCGCCUCAAGGUGGUUGGUUUUCAAAACUUGUAAGGACGCUCGUUGUUCAACUGGGCAUCGAACUCGCUACCGAGGGAAUCAAGAAAGCAACGGAAUCUUAAGGCUUUAGAUCCCUUCACAAUGCUUUUUGUAAUAUACCCUUGUUUUGAGGACUUUGUGAUCCUAAUAAAUUGGAAAUAAUUGGCAUACUGAA